UCACGAUGCCCUGUCCAGGAUCACUGACAUUCCAGUUGCUGAGUUAAAUACUGUUUGCACUCAGUUUGGAAUAAAAUGCUUCACGGAUCGGGAGUAUCUGUUCCUAAAGGAAUAUUGUAUUGUGUUGAAGCCACUGACUGUAGCACUAGACAUAUUGCAAGGAGAAGAUAACUGCUAUCUUGGAACACUUCUUCCAACUCUGGAGAGUCUAAUGUCCAGGACACUGGCACUGCGGGAUGAGCUUAGGAUGACAGCAUCUCUCCCUGAUGUCAUUGUUCAGGCAAUCAAGGUACGCUUUGCCUCUAUGAUGGACAAUAAAGAAGCUCUCCUGGCUGCAGUCACUUUGCCCAAAUUUAAAUUACGCUGGAUCAGAGAAGAAGAGAAAAAAGACACUGUUAGGUCAAUGCUUACGACAGAAUGCCGUGGGUUGCCUCUUGAAGACCAACAGCAUAAUGCUCAACACCACAACAAGCCUGCUAACUCCAAUGAUGACUUUUUUUCAUUCGAGGAGGAAGAUUGUGCCUACUCUGCUGAAACAGAGGUCAUGGAUUAUUUGAAAUCUGCAGGGUCUGAGCUGGGUGUUCUUGGACUGUUUCCCAGGAUUAAGGUCAUUUCACUCAGGUACAACACAGCCACACCAUCAAGUGCACCAGUGGAAAGGCUUUUCAGCCUGGGCAAUCUUGUGCUCACCCCCAGAAGAAAUAGACUGUCAGACAAACGUUUUGAGAGACUUACAUUAAUGAGAUACAACCACCUUUUCAAAAGCAGCGCAGUCUUCAACCCUGCUCCUGGGGACACACUGUCCUGCAAGGUUUCUUUCCAGCCUGCUUUAGCACACUAUGGCCUGUGA